UGUUGCUAAACUGACCAAUCGGCCAUAUUUGUUUUGGUCAUGUGCACAACUUAACGCAUUCUGGUUACGUUAAUUUUCGUUGUCUACGAAAUCUAUUUUAUGAACCAGUCGAAUGAAAAUAAUGCUUAUCGAAAUUUUAUACUCAAAGAAAUGAACCAGUUGAAUAAGCUCAAUCCUUUCCGAGACACUAGCGCUCAUAGGGCUGGAGCUUAUCCCCAGUUUCUGUAGUGUGAAGCGGAUGAAAGUUGUACUAGUCCGUCGCAGGUUAGUCCCCAGCAGUUUGCUGGUACCCAUUGAUACAGCUGGGUGGACUGAAGCGAUGUAGCUAAAGUGCCUUGCGAAUCUGCACAGCGGAGACUCGAAAACCCUGACUUUUCGAUUGAAAGCCCGAACCUCAGCCGCUGCGCCAAACUGCCGCUACACAAAUAUAUAUAUUAGUACUGUAAUCUAUAAAAAAAUAUAUAUCAGCAGAUGAUUUUAGUAUUGUAUUAUUAUUAAUCCAUAUAUGUUGUCAUAGGCAUGUUUUUGCUUCCCAGCAGUUUAGUUCGUCGGCUUUACUGGGCUACAGCUUCAUUGUAACCGAUUUUAGCAGUUCUUUGUUUUAUUGUCAUUCAGCAGUUACUUAUUUUGUAGGUACAAUAUUCACGCCCAUGCUUUUAUCUUAUGUAUUUUGUAAUACAGUAUACUUCUUAUAAAUUCCUCCAUUUACAUCCUUGUCAUUACCCGAUGAAGAGCUAUGCUCGAAACGUAUUAUUUUGAAUAAAUAUUGGCAAUAUCUUACUUUCGCUUUGCGUUAUCAUUUGUCUAUAUAUUUAUAUACAGAAUACAUAAGACAACAGACUAAGUAUUCUUGCACAGCUGUGGUGACAACUUUGGGGUCUUUAAAGAUGAUAUUUCGCGGUAGUGCAUACCAUUUUUGGUUAAAUAGUAUUUGUAUGUAUCGUUGAAUGCGUGGAGCACUUGAUUUAUAUGAUGUCAUGAUUGAUAUUAGUUCUUAUACUGCCGCAAAAAAUGUCACAAUCGAAUGUUCUGCAAAUGCCAGUCCACUUCCCGUGGUAAAUCUCUUUAAGGAUGGCAAUGUUAUCAAGAAAAUCGAAAAUAACUUGCGUUUAACACAUAAGAUAGACAUUGUAACAGAGAGUGAUGGAGGAAGCUACAAAUGUACAGCGACAGACAGAUUAAAUUUUACUAAACAAAGUGACACAAAAGUUCUCAAUUACUAUGUUGACUAUUGUGUUUCUAAUCCAUGUGGAAAUAGAGGGACUUGCAGACCUACAAAUUUUGAGUUUACUUGUGAAUGUGAACAAGGCUACAGUGGGAGAUAUUGUGAAAAUAGCAUUUACGGCACAAGUUUGACAAUUGGAAUGUUGUUUGUGGGUAUAAUUGUUGGAGCCUUCGGAGUAAUUGGUGGAUUGAUCGGCUACACGAGGAUUAAACGGAAGGCACAAAUAGGCAAGAGGAGUGCGGACCAGAGACAGAACUUAGAUACUUACAUGGAGUACGUAGUAGAUGAUCCAACUGCUGGCAAUAAAGACCAAACUUACCAAGAUCUACAACAUAGAGAAGAAGAAACAACUUAUGUUAAUGCGAUACCGAGAAAGAAAUAAGAGUAGAGAGAGCAGUAGCUAGUUGGAGUGAAUGCUUGUUACUUGUGCAAGGGUCAUUAUAAUCCCAGCGAAAUUUAUCACUGAUGAUUGUACAACCGCGAAUCUAAGAAUUGUUUUAAGCUCUGUCCAGAUUAUGAUUUUUUUUUUUUACAAAAUAUGUAGUAUGUCCACGUAAAGUCAUGAUGUGCCUAUUUGGUGAUGAUAAUGAUGUCAUCAGACCAUAUUUAGACAUGUCACGUGUUUUUAAAAAUAACAUUUGAUAGUCUGGACAGGGCUUAAGUCACGUGUCACUCCAAAUAUCAUACAUAACUCACGUAGAUUCAUAUAUAUUAUUAUUAUAUUUAAAACACUAUGCUUAGAAAAGGUAGCAUAUAAUGAAGUUGACAAAGCACAUAGUUAGACAACACUUUCAUAUACUUUUUUAACAACCUUUAUAACCGUUUAUAAUUUUAGACUAGACAAACGUUUGAAUGUAAUGAAUCCCAUAUAUCGAACUUCGACGUUUAUAUAAUCAUGUACUAUUUUGAGUAAGGACAAAAUGUUUGUGCCGAUUUACCGUCCAGACGCGUGCACAGCUCUGGAAGAAAUAUAUCGUAGCAAAUGUCUUAGCAUUAUUGGCAUAUUUUGAGUUUAUAUGUAUGUCUAUUAAAGUAUCAUUAAUAAUAAAAGCAACACGUGUGAUAAGUCAUUAUUCAAAUUCCGUGCGUACUGUACAGUAAAAGCAGCAGAGUAUUCAGUAUGUAGUAGGUUAGUUGCACAUUUUUACGAAAUAUAAUGGAAUAAAAUAUAUUGACCAUGUUAAUCACUAAAAUAAGUCAAUAUAUGAAAUAUUGUUGAAUAAAUAAAUAACAGGAAGUCUAUUAUAGACUACAUCAUUCACAACAUUUUAGCAUGUAUUGUAUAAUCUAUUUACCAUAUGUUUACCAGUAGGCAUAGUAUCUUACCUGCUUUGACAUUAUAACCACAAUUAUUAUUGGCUAUAUUUAAAAUAUAAUUCGACUUCAAUUUGCAAACGUCUUUCUAAUAUUACAGUUAAAGACGAAACCGUAUUUAAUAUUUGCUUUCGAAUAUUCUGUUAUGGUAAUAAUAUGUGCAGCAUUUUGCCGACUGAGCUUAAAAAAAUGAUUAUUUUAUGGGCGGAUCCAUAGGGGUGAUGGUCGUCGACGUCCGGUUUUCCCACCACCCUUAACAUGUUAAAGCAGUGGAUGAUUUUUUUUUGGGGGGGGGGGGGCAGCGCCCUCCCCCUUUUGGAAAGUAAACUAAAGAAAAAAAAUUGCCCAAAUGUAUAUAUGCAUCGAACAUAAUAUUUUGUAUACAAAAUUAUUUUGGCAUUUUUAAAGUUUUAUAAAGUACUAUUAUCAGUGUAUUGAUGUAUUUAUUAGAUUAGAGAAGCUUACUCCAUAUUCCACGCUUGCAAUCCUGAUUUCUUGGCAUACAACUGUUAACCUAAAUUAUAGAGCUUGUAACUAGGUACUUAAGGAAUAUAUUCAACAUGCUGGAAUAUAUUUUGUUUGCUUAUUUUUGCUUCAAACUAUU